AUGGCAACCACUAACCCGAUAAUUGCCCGACUUGUGAACCGUGUAAACCGAAUUGAGUCUUUUCUUGGUGACUACGAUGGCUCAGAAAAUAUUUUGGAAAAAACCACUUUACUUUUGGAUAUUUUACAGGGGAUCUACGAGAGAGGAAGCAACUAUAACAAGAACCUUUUCGAUUUAUUACAUGUGUUUGUAUCGACAAAUGAUUUUGAUGAAAGAACUGAAGUGGAAACUGUUAUUAAACUGCAACAAGAUGAAUUUGUGAAAUUAUCAUCGACUUUAGAAAAUUUAAAAUUAGCUUACGAUAAGCAUUUUAAAUUUGAUGCUAUUAUCGAAUUACCAAAAAAAACUAUUAAGUUUGAUUUGGAAUGCCUUGAUCAAUUGCCAAUUUUGAUUUUACAAUGUAAUGAAUUGAUUAUAAAAUCAUUGGCGAUGAGUGAAAAGUUUUUGGAUUAUAUCAUUACCUGCAAUGAUAAAUUCCGAUCCGUUAAGUCAAAAUUGGAUAGGCUUGAGGAACAAAUAGAUUCCAUAGGUUAG